AUGAAUGAUGCGCUAAUGGAUGUGCCUGAGCAAGAUCUAGAAGAUCCGCUGUUUGAAGCUGUGAUCGAAGAUCAGUUCGCUGGUGAGCGCAUCGAUAAGGUUUUAGCAACCAUGUUGCCAGAGUUUUCGCGGAGCAGAAUUCAGCAAGCGAUUGCAGAAAAACAGGUGAUGUUGGAUGGUAAGUUGGUCAGCAGUAAAACCAAAGUCUUUGGUGGAGAGUCGAUCAAGGUUCUCGAUAUCACCAAUGAAAUGCAAACCGCAUUUGAGCCUGAGAACAUAGCGAUUGAAGUGGUUGCCGAAGAUGAUGAUAUACUGGUGAUCAACAAACCUGUGGGUAUGGUCGUUCAUCCUGCAGCAGGGAAUUGGUCGGGAACGUUGUUAAAUGCGCUGUUGUACCAUUACCCUCAACUUGGGCAGGUUCCCAGAGCAGGUAUUGUGCAUCGGCUGGAUAAAGACACAUCUGGGUUGUUAGUGGUGGCAAAAAAUAUUGCUGCGCAAACACAGCUGAUUAGGCAGAUGCAGCAACAUGAGGUAGAACGAUUAUACUUAGCAGUUGUAUGGGGUGAGCCCAAGCCUAUGGGAUUGAUUGAUAAACCUAUUGGCCGAGAUGGUCGUGACAGAACCCGUAUGGCACCCUUGACUUUAGGGGGGAAACCAGCAAGAACUCAUUACGAGCAAAUCGCCGUUGGCUAUUAUGAUCACCACCAAGUUGAACUACCCAUUACCGUUGUGAAGUGCCAAUUAGAGACGGGACGGACGCAUCAAAUUCGUGUGCAUAUGGCUUCAAUUGGCCACCCUUUGUUGGGGGAUCAAACCUACCAGCAUUUGGCACCUAAGGCGCGGCGGAUGCCGCUACCGAUGGAUUGGCAUAGGCAGGCAUUACAUGCCUUUCGACUGUCUUUGCGACAUCCUGUUACGGGUGAACGUUUAGAAUGGCAAGCACCGUUGCCAGAUGAUUUGCAAAAAUUAAUCAAUGUGUUGGGAUUUGAUCAGGAAGCCAUUCUGAGUGAUAUAAGUCCAAUACAACAGGGGCGUUUUUAG